AUGGUCUGGAUUGCCGAGGAGGCCUACAACGCCCCACUUCCGCCUGGCUGGACGGAGCAUGUGGAUGCCAACGGCCGAACUUACUUCUACAACACGAACCUGAGGGAGUCGCUAUGGAAGCAUCCCAUGGAUCAGGAGUUUGUAGAGAUCGCCAACUACUGGAGGCGAGCCCUUAAAGAUGGCGGCUUCUGGGAUAUCGAUGAAGAGCUGGCCGAAAUGGAGGAGAAAAUCCGCGCCAAUCUGGCAAAUUGGAUGGAGCUCUACGACGAUUCCGGCCAGAAGUUCUAUUUCAACCGGAAGACGGAGGAGAGUUUGUUCGACGACCCACGUCACACGACGUACCACAGCCUCUACACCAGAAUCAG